GUCAGCACCGGCCCAAACAAGCAGGAAACAGGAAAUGUUCACGUUUCAGAGAGGCUGCAGCCCGGCGCAGCAUCCUGAGCGCGCCUCUCCCGAGGCGAGCGGACAUGCAGGCUCCCCGCGCAGCCCUAGUCUUCGCCCUGGUGAUCGCGCUCGUUCCCGUCAGCCGGGGUAAUUAUGAGGAAUUAGAAAACUCAGGAGAUACAACUGAGGAAUCUGAAAGACCAAAUAAAGUGACUAUUCCAAGCGCAUUUGCUGCAGUGACCAUCAAAGAAACAUUAACUGCAAAUAUAAAUUCUACCAACGUUGCUCCGGACGAAAAUCAGUUAGAGUUUAUACUGAUGGUGUUGAUCCCAUUGAUUUUACUGGUCCUCUUACUUUUAUCCGUGGUAUUCCUUGCAACAUACUGUAAAAGAAAAAGAACUAAACAAGAACCUUCUAGCCAAGGAUCUCAGAGUGCUUUACAGACAUAUGAACUGGGAAGUGAAAACGUGAAAGUCCCUAUUUUUGAGGAAGAUACACCCUCUGUUAUGGAAAUUGAAAUGGAGGAGCUUGAUAAAUGGAUGAACAGCAUGAAUAGAAAUGCUAACUUUGAAUGUUUACCUACCUUGAAGGAAGAGAAGGAAUCAAAUCACAAUCCAAGAUUCAACAAAGCAAAAUGCUAGAGGCUGUGGCAAAGGAGAUUUGACCCCUCCUUUGAGGAAUCCAUAAUCAAGCAGGAGCAGGAGAAAGAGACAUGAACAUAAAUCACCCUGGAGGACAGAGGAAAGAUUCUGAGAGACUCUGGGGAUGUUUCUUGGGGAAAUCAGGAUUUGACUUGGCCUGGAAGGCAUUGGAAUGAUAGAUAAGUAAGGGGGAUUGGGAGGGGGGAUGGAAAUAGAGAAAUGUCUUAGAUCCUUUGCAAGCUGACAGAGGCUUUCUUGAAAAGAGGCCCCAGCCCAGGUGAGUUUAUGGGUCCUGCCCAUGGAGAGCUUCUCCAAGCAGAGUUAAAUAAAGUGGGAGUAGGCAGAGCCAAGCUAGAGAGGGCCCUGGGUCUGAUGAGGGGAGAGUGCUGUCAGCAGAAAUAGAUUAUGAAAUGACAUGAAAAAAUCGGAAGACUUGAACAGGGUCAUUCCAGCUAGUUGCUAGUACAGAUCAUGAACUCAAAUCUGUUUUUCUAAAUCUCAGCUCAAUCAUCACUGCCUUGGAGUGAAGGUGAUAACCCAUUGCACACCAUCCCUAGCAAGGGCUGCCAGUGGUUUUGGGAGAUUGCAGCCUGGCUUUUAGGGACACAUACAGGUGUUCCUUGAUUUAUGUGCGAUGGGGUUAUAUCCUGAUAAACCCAUCCUAAAUUGAAAAUAUCCUAAGUCUGUUGACAGAAUAUGCAUUGUUAUGCAUUUAAUACACCUAACCUACUGAACAACAUAGCUUAGUCUAACCUACCUUAAAUGCACUCAGAACACUUACAUUAGUCUGCAACUGGGCAAAAUAAUCUAACACAAAGUCUGUAUCUUUCUUACCAGUGUAAACUAAAAAAAAAAAAAGUAUGAUUUCUACUAAAUGCAUUUCCCUUUCACACCAUCAUAAUGCCAGAAUAUCGUAAGUCAAACCACUGUAAAUUGAGGAACAUCUAUACUUUGAAAAGGUGAAAGACAAAAGUCAAAAAGAUAAUGUGUUAGUGCAUUUUGCAUUGCCAUAAAGGAAUAACUGAGGCUGGGUAAUUGAUAAAGAAAAAAGUAUUUGGCUCACAGUUCUGCAGGCUGUAAAAGCAUGGAGCCCGUAUUGCUUGUGGUGAGGGCCUCAGGAAGCGUCCUCUCAUGGCAGAAGGCAAAGGGGGAGCAGGUGCAUCGCAUGGCAAAAAGGAGCAAGAGGAAGUAGAGUCUCUGUGUGAGGCUCUGCCCCUAUGGCAGGCUUCUGCUUGGGCACUCAGGGUUUCCCAUACAGCCUCUGAAAUCUAGGUGGAAACUGCUGAGCCUCCUUCACUGUUACAUUCUGUGCACCUGCUAGCUUAACAUUACAUGGAAGUUGCCAAGGCUUACAGUGAUUUGCACUCUUCAAAGUAACAGCCCAAGCUGUGCCUGGGAUCCUUUGAGCCCCAGUGGGGUUGGGGGAGCAGUGUCCCAAGGUUGCACAGGGCUAGGGGCCAUGGACCUGGCCCGGGAGCCAUUCUUUCCUCCUAGGCCUCCAGGUCUGUGAUGGGAGGGACUACCUCAGAGAUUUCCGAAAUGCCUUCUAGGCCUCUUGGCUAUAAGCACUUGACUCCCUUUUAAUCAUGCAAAUCUCUCUAGCAAGUGGUUGCUUCUUAGCCUACUUGUAUUUCUGUCCUGAUAUGCUUUUUCCUUCUCCACUAUAUGACCAGGUUGUGAUUUUUCCAAACAUUAUGCUCUGCUUCCCUUUUAAAUAUAAAUUCCAACUUUAAGUCAUUUCUUUGCUCCCAUAUCGGAUGGUAGGUUGUUAGAAGCAGCCACUCAGCAUCUUGAAUGUUUUGCUGCUGAGAAAUUUCCUGCGCCAGAUACCCUAGGUCAUCACUCUUAAGUUCAACCUUCCACAGAGCCCUAGAACAUAGGCACAAUGCAGCCAAGUUCUUUGCUAGGGUGUGACAAGGGUGACCUUUGCUCCAUUUCCCAAUAACUUCCUAAUUUCCAUCUGAGACCUCCUCAGCCUGGCUUUCACUGUCCAUGUUUCUAUCAAUAUUUUGGUCACAAUCAUUUAACUAGUCUCUAAGAAGUUCCAAACUUUCCUGUCUUCUUCUGAGCCCUCAAAAAUUUUCCAACCUCUGCCCAUUACCCAGUUUCAAAGCCGCUUCCACAUCUUCAUAUGUCUUUACAGCAACACCCCAUUCCUCAGUACAAAUGUUCUGUGUUAGUCCAUUUUGCAUUGCUAUAAACAUAUACCUGAGGCUGGGUAAUUUGUAAAGAAGAGAGUUUUAUUUGGCUACAGUUCAGCAGUCUGUACAAGCAUGGCACCAGCAUUGCUUCUGGUGAGGGCCUCAGGAAGCUUCCACUCAUGGUGGAAGGUGAAGGGGGAGCAGGUGUGUCACAUGGCAAAAGGAGGUAAGAAGUAGGAGGGACCCCAGACUCUUUAACAACAUCACAUGGCAAAAGGAGGCAAUAAGUAGGAGGGACUCUAGACUCUUUAACAAUCAGAUCUUGCAUGAACUCCCUUAUUACUCUGAGGAGGACACCAAGACAUUCAUGAGGGAUCCUCCUCUAUGCUCCAAAAACCUCCCUCUAGGCCCACCUUCAGCACUGGGGAUCACAUUUCAACAUGAGAUCCGGAGGGGACAAACAUCCAAACUAUGGCAGAUGGUAAAGUAAAACCUUCUAUUAGUCCUUUUCCUUAUUUCUUCAACCUCUCACUGUACAAUCAGAAGCUGUCACGUUCAUUAACCUCAAUUCUUACAAGGAUGAAGUAAAACAAGUAUGAGCAGGCGGGAAUAAACCUCCUCACAUCCCUUUUCCUGAAGAGGUGCUGCUUACCUGGUUUUACCACUCUCCAGGGUGGUCUGUCCACUCUGGAGUCUCGAUUACAGUUGGCAGUGGGGUUCAUGAAGGACAGCUUUCUUUCUUUAACAAAGCCUCUAAGUUGUUUUUAACUCAGAGCUUUACAUACACCUCAAAAAUAAGUUCAGACUGAUUGAAUCCAUACUCUGACAACUAACAAUAUAGAGUUAACCAAAUAGUUAACCCAAUCAAAAUGUAUAUCUACUAAACAUAUAAAAAUGUAUAGAGCAGUUCUGCAGUUAACCUUUAAUCUCUCCUCACUGAGGAUUUAAUUUGAUUCUUAGCCAGAUUUCACAGGGGUCACUGUGUCUGUGUUGGGCUCUCAGGAUCUACUUUCCCUAGAUAUUUUUCAUUCAGAAUCCUCUUCUAGGCUCCAUGCUGUUCUUCAUCCAUGCCUGUCACCAUCAAAAUGGUCAUUUCCUUGCAUGAAGGCUCUUCAUUAAUUUUCUUUCCCCAUCUGCAGUUGCCCAAAGCACUCCCUUUAAGAACAGAACCUUUGUCAACUGUUUCUGUCGUAAGCCAGAUAUGUAUGAGUGUGGAGCAGAAGGCAAGCGUUCCCUCUGUCAAUACACAUGCAGCAAGUGCCUGCAGCAGCCACCUGUUACCCAGGAAAUUCUUUCUCUCUCUCUCAGUUGAUCCUUUGCUCUGCGUUGAGAUGUCCCCACAAGCUCUCAUGGAAGUAGAGAGGAUGUUUAUAACAUCUAGUUUUAGUACAACCUUAAAAAAAAAUCCUGUAUCUUGCCCAGAAGUCAUGGCUGGUAUAAACACCCUGGUUUUGCUAUUCAACACUUCUCGGUGUCGGUUCUUCUCAGUUUCUGUUUUUAAUAUGGGCGUAUUUGCUCCCUUGGGUUGGUAACUUUGCAUCUUAACAAGUCCCUGUCUCCCCACCACCCCACACCUUCAGGCAAAAAUGCUACUUCUGCUGUGGGGAUUAUUCCAUUUAAAAGAAAAACUGAGGGCCUCUGGAAGGGCCUGCCUGCUUGGUCACUCAGCCCAGCUCUCCUUAGACCUAAUUAUAUAUUUGAGCUAUUUCCUUUUUGAUCAAUUGAAACAUGCUGAUACAAUGUGUGAUGGUUAAUACUAAGUGUCAACUUGAUUGGAUUGAGGAUGCAAAGUAUUGUUUCUGGUUAUGUCUGUGAGGGUGUUUGCCAAAGGAGAUUAACAUUUGAGUCAGUGGACUGGGAGAGGCAGACCCACCCUUAAUGUGGGUGGGCACCAUCCAAUUAGCUGCCAGCACGGCUAGAAUAAAGCGGGCAGAAGAAGGUGGGAGAAGUUGACUUGCUGAGUCUUCCGGCUUUCAUCUUUCUUCUGUGCUGGGUGCUUCCUGCCCUCGAACACCAGACUCCAAAUUCUUCAGCUUUUGGACUCUUGGACUUACACCAGUGGUUUGCCGGGGCUCUCGGGCCUUUGGCCACAGACUGAAGGCUGCACUGUUGGUAUUCCUACAGUGAGGUUUUGGGACUCGGACUGGCUUCCUUACUCCUCAGCUUGCAGAUGGCCUAUUGUGGGACUUAACCUUGUGAUCGUGUGAGUCAAGACUCCUUAAUAAAUUCCCCUUCAUAUAUGCAUCUAUUCUAUUAAUUCUGUCCCUCUAGAGAACCCUUAUACAUAAUGCUACAGCCAAAGAUACACAUG